AUGGAAGGCAAUUCCACGGUCGGAUCCUUCACCCCUUUGCAGCAGUUCAGCGUUGCUGAUCUUGUGGUUGUAGUGACUUACUUUUCCUUAAACCUUGCUGUGGGAAUAUGGUCUUCAUGCAGGGUGAACAGGAACACGGUCAGCGGUUAUUUCCUUGCUGGCAGAGACAUGGCGUGGUGGCCAAUCGGAGCCUCUCUGUUUGCCAGCAGUGAGGGCUCAGGGCUCUUUAUUGGACUGGCUGGGACUGGUGCUGCUGGGGGAAUCGCUGUCACCGGCUUCGAGUGGAACGCCACAUAUGCGCUGCUGGUGCUGGCCUGGGUCUUCGUCCCAGUCUACAUCUCAUCUGGGAUCGUCACCAUGCCUGAGUACCUCCAGCGAAGGUUUGGAGGCGAGAGGAUCCGGAUGUACCUCUCUGGGCUGUCUCUCCUGCUGUCCAUCUUCACCAAAAUCUCUACUGACCUGUACUCAGGGGCUCUGUUUGUGCAAGUCUGCCUGGGCUGGGACCUCUACCUCUCCACUGUCCUGAUGCUGCUGGUGACAGGGCUCUACACCAUUGCAGGGGGGCUGGCAGCCGUCAUCUACACUGAUGCUCUGCAGACACUCAUCAUGGUCCUCGGAGCCAUCGUGCUGGCAGUGAGAGCUUUUAAUGCGAUCGGAGGUUACUCCAACCUGGAAGAGGCCUAUCUAAAAGCCGUGCCGUCCAAGAUCGUUCCCAACACGACCUGCCACCUGCCCAGAGCGGAUGCCAUGCACCUCUUCCGAGACCCAAUCUCUGGAGAUCUGCCCUGGACAGGGAUGACGUUUGGGCUGUCCAUCAUGGCCACGUGGUACUGGUGCACCGACCAGGUCAUUGUGCAGCGGUCACUCUCUGCAAGGAGCCUGAGCCAUGCCAAGGCCGGCUCCAUCCUGGCCAGCUACCUGAAGAUGCUGCCCCUGUUUGUCAUCAUCAUGCCAGGCAUGAUCAGCAGGGCUCUGUUCCCAGAUGCUGUGGCCUGCGUGGACCCCGAGGAGUGCACCCGUGUGUGUGGGGCUGCAGUGGGCUGCUCCAACAUCGCCUACCCCAAGCUGGUGGUGGAGCUGAUGCCCAGCGGGCUGCGGGGUCUGAUGAUUGCAGUGAUGAUGGCCGCGCUCAUGUCCUCCCUCACCUCCAUCUUCAACAGCAGCAGUACUCUCUUCACCAUGGACAUCUGGAGGAGGAUGAGGCCAAGGGCCAGUGAGCGCGAGCUGCUCAUGGUGGGCAGGGUGGUGACGGUGCUGCUGGUGGCCCUCAGCGUGGUGUGGAUCCCCAUCCUGCAGAGCUCCGGCGGCGGGCAGCUCUACAUCUACAUUCAAGCUGUCACCAGCUACCUGGCUCCUCCUGUCACUGCUGUCUUCAUCCUGGGGGUCUUCUGGCCCCGCGCUAACGAGCAGGGAGCCUUCUGGGGCUUGAUGGCAGGGCUGGUGCUGGGGCUGGCCAGGAUGGGGCUGGAGCUGGCACACCCCACACCCCGCUGCGGGGUCCCCGACAGGCGGCCCUGGCUGCUGGCUGACCUGCACUACCUGCACUUCGCUGCUCUGCUGUGUGCCAUCACGGGGGCUGUCGUGGUGGGGGGCAGCCUGAUGACUCCCCCACCACCCUCAGACAGGCUGCGGAAUCACACCUGGUGGAGCCUUUCCCAGGAGCCUCCCCAGCACUUCAUGGAUGGCACGUCACAGAGAUGCCCGGAUGGCUCCUGCUCAGCUGCCCUAAGUAGCCAGCAGGCAACUGAAGGACUCCCAGCCCUGAGAGACACCACUGAGUCCCCUUUCUGGACCCGGGUCUGCAGCAUCAACGCCAUUGUCCUGCUGUGUAUCAAUAUUUUCUGCUAUGCUUACUUUGCCUAGCUCCCUGUCAGCCCCUAGGAAGAGAGGAAUAGGUGGAGAAAUGGGGAUUUAGGUGAUUAUUUUUGGUCAAGUUAGGGAUAGUGGAAGCUUAAAGCCAUUGGUGCAAUGAGCUGUGUGUUCUCGGGGCUGCAGAUCUGACUGUGUCCUGGGGGACUGU